UUAAUCAUCCGUAGUAAACGUUCGAUGAGUUGUGUGUACUAUUUUGAUAAAAACUGCGUUUUAAAACAAUCCAAUGUCAUUAUGUUCUAAAUUGUGGUGUAGUAUAAGUGUUUAUUUGCCACGAUAGAGUACGUUUGGGCAUCCACCAUGCCCGUUACACUAGUAGACAGGUUGCCCUUGCCAAAUCUCAAGGUUUAUACAGCGGGAAGUGUUUCACUGCUUUCAAUAGCUGUUUAUUACGCUUUAAGUGUAACUAGUGAUCCCAACUGGCGUGCAAACUCCACGCUAGCCCGACAGGACUUGGAGUCUGGGCAAGGUGACCAGCGACCAAUACCGGCCCAGUUACAGUCCAAUGGUACCAGAAAUGUAUCAGAGCAGUUUGUGGAUGUCAUAACAUUUAUGAUGCAGGAACCACUAUGCAUGUGGACCCUGAUCAACAUAGCGUACUGCUCUCUGGCGGUGUUCGGGUUCGCGGUGCAGCGGCUAGUGUUCGGGCCGCUUCGCGUGGCCGAGGCACAGCGCGUCAAAGACAAGUUCUGGAAUUACGUGUUCUACAAGUUCAUCUUCGUGUUCGGCGUCAUCAACGUGCAGUAUAUGGAUGAGGUGCUGCUCUGGUGUUCCUGGUUCACACUCGUCGGCUUCUUGCACCUGCUCGGCCAGUUGUGCAAGGAUAGGUACGAAUAUCUGUCGUCGUCGCCCCACACGGGCGGCUGGGCCCACGUGCGCCUGGCGUGCCUGCUGGCCGGCAUCCUGGCCGCCGCCGCCGCGCUGCUGGCCGCCGCCGCCGUCUGGGGGCUGCCGGCCGGACGCGACACCUUCGCCUUUAUGGCGGCCGAGUGCGUGCUGGUGCUGGUGAGCGCGCUGCACGUGGCGGCGCGCUACGCGCUGGCGCUGUGCGCGGCCGACGCGGCGGGCGCGGCGGCCUACUACGUGGCGCUGGGCUUCGAGGCGGCGGCGCUGCUGGCCGAGCUGGCGCUGGCGGCGGCGCAGGUGGCGCAGUGCAGCAUGCUGGUGUCCAUGGCGUCGCUGGUGCUGCUGCUGCAGCUGCGCCACCUGCUGCACGAGCUGCAGGCGCGCCUGCGCCGCCACCGCCUCUACACGGCGCUCGCCACGCACAUGAGCCGCAAUUAUCCAAUGGCUAGCAAAGAAGAAGUGGAAAAGAAUCAGGAUAACUGCGCCAUCUGCUGGGAGCCAAUGAAGGAGGCUCGCAAACUACCUUGCUCCCACCUGUUCCACAAUUCGUGCCUGUGUCAGUGGGUGCAGCAGGACGCGUCGUGUCCAACAUGUCGUCGUGCUCUGGCCGCGGGUCCGGCCGCGCCGCGCCAGGACGCCGCCCGCCACCCCAACCAUCUAUUCCACUUCGACGGGUCCCGCUACGUGUCGUGGCUGCCGAGCUUCUCGGUGGAGGUGACGCGCGUGCGGCCCGAGGCGGCGCUGGCGGGCGCUCAGCUGGACGCCGCCGCCGCGCAGCUGCAACUCAUGUUCCCGCAGCACUCGCGCGCCGCGCUGGCCGCCGACCUGGCGCGCACGCGCUCCGCGGACCUCACGCUCGACAACAUCCUCGAGGGCCGCCUGCCGCCCGCCGCGCCGCCGGCGCCGCGCCCCGCUCCGCCGCCGCCGCGCCCCGCGCCCGCGCGCGCCGACGCCUCCACUAUGGCCGCCGAGCCGGUCGACGGCGUAUCCCGCUUCUCGCGCUGCGCGGCCGAGCGCGAGGCUCAGCUGCGGCGCCGCAAGCAGCAACUGGUGGAGGCGGCGCGGCGCCGAUAUUUGGCGCGCCUGGCGCCGCGCAGCUAAAUCGCCUGUACCUGGCGCCCGGGGCUAAUUACUGAUCGAAGCUCGGAUGCUACAAAUGGUGUGUUGCAACCCGAAUCUUUAUUUUAGUACGUAGCCGUAAAAUACUGAUAUGAUGUAAAUACUUCACCCGUUGUGAUAUAUAAAUUAGUGUAUUAAUUAGUUUAGCCUCCAACACCAACGAGCCUGGCUGAAUAUUUUAAAAAAUAUGGCAAAUAAUAAUAUGUCCUUAUUUAGACGUUUGUCGCGCCAAUUUAGUUUAUCUUUGAGAGUGUAUUUUUCUAUUGAAUAAAAUAUAUCGUCCAUAGAAUGUACUCUUAGAUUACCGUUAAAUAUAAAUUCAUUUAUAAAUUAUUGAAACCAGUUUGAUCUCCUUUGAAUAUGAAACCUUGUUUUGACACAAUUACACUUUAUUUCAUUAGAUUAGUGAUUACUCAUAUUAUAUGUUGAUGUAGACGAUGUAGAUGUAAUAAUUAUUGUAUUGUAAUGUUAAUGUCCGCACUCAUGCAUUAUGUAACAUUUCACUCAUUUGAUAAUCUGUAACAACUAGGUACAUGACUCUUUACAUUGUUCUCGUAUCACUAGAUAAAUUCUUUUCUACAAUUGAUGUGUGCAUUUGUACUUAUAUUGUGUACAAAUAAUAAUAAUGUGUUAGUGGCUCCAAUGCUCCAUACUUAGCGAAACUCUUCAAAUGGUCAUUUAAUGUGAUAAUAGCAACUUAACAAAAUUGUCUAGGAAGUAAUCACUGUGGCUGAAGCUGUAUUGAACGAUUUUUUUUUUUUUAGAAAACAUUUAACAUGAAGAGUUGAAUCAGAAUAGCUGUAAAACAAGACAAUUACUUAAUGGUGACUGUUUUGUAGUGAGAUAACAAGUAUGAGAUAAUAACAUUUAUAGCCACAACAUUAGGUGACUGCUGAUACAUAUAAAAUUUUAAAUAAAUUAUUAUAAAAUUGAUUCAUGACUAGUCAAAUAUAAAUAAUAAAU